UAAAUGGCUCUAUCAAGCAUUAAGCACACGUGGGCCCCAAAUUGCCGUCCACGUGGCCCAAUUUCCACAUGUAAAUCUCCUCUCUUUACAAAAACCCCCUGUCGAACACCUGCUCUCAAACCCCACCGUACCAAAGCCUCGUUCGCUCAAACAAAGAAGAAAAUCCUAAGCUUUCUUGUUUCUUCUUUGUCUUUCAUUCCCUCCAACUUCUCACAAUGCCAACUGCACCCCAGCAACCGAACCGAGCCAGAGUCGUGUGGCGCACCUGCCUAGCCUCCUCCUUCCGCACCGCCCUAGCAUGCACCAUAGUAGGAGCCAUCACCUUGUACGGACCAGCUACCCUCCAACGCCAAGUAGCAUUCCCAGCAUUUUCCUACGUGACUGCCAUCCUUGUCGUGACAGACUCCACGUUGGGUGACACGCUACAUGGUUGCUGGCUGGCGCUCUACGCUUCCGUCCAGAGCCUGGGACCUGCCAUGUUGAGCCUAUGGUUGAUAGGACCAGACAAACUUACGAACGGAACCACCGCUCUUGCGGUGGCUUUAGGAGGGCUGAUAGUGGUGUUGCCCGAGUCGACUCACUUGACAGCCAAGCGAAUAGCGUUGGGCCAAAUUGUUAUAGUUUACGUUGUCGGUUUCAUUAAUGGUGAGCAAACCGAGCCGAUUAUGCAUCCGGUGCAUGUGGCGGCUAGCACUGCGGUUGGGGUGUUGGCAAGCGUUUUGGCCUUAUUGCUUCCCUACCCAAGUUUGGCUUGUUGCGAGGCGAAGAAAAACUGCAAGCUUCUGGCGGAGAACAGUUCAGAGAGGCUAAAGUUUUUCGUGAAGGCACUUUGCGCUGAAGACAAAGCAGCGGCAUCUGCUUCCAUUUCCCAAGCUAAGCUUUUGAGCGCAGAUGCAACCAAACUUCUUCAAAGUAUUAAACGCUUCCAAGGAAGCGUGAAAUGGGAGAAACUUCCUUUCAAGUUUUUGAGACCCUAUUACAUGAACUCAGGGGAGAAAUUGCAAGAUAUAGAGAUGGCUUUAAGAGGAAUGGAAAUUGCUUUGGAGAGUACUCAUUCAUUUCCGGGGAGAUUAAUGUUGGAUGGAGAUAUCAAAGAAGGCCUGCUUAGGCUGGGAGACCACAUUAGCUCAACCAUAAAACAGGCUAAGAGUUUCUUGCCUGGUGAUUCCUUAACUGUUCCAGAAUCAAAUGCUGAAGACAUUCUGAAGUUCCUCCAAACGCUUCAGAAAAUCCCACCAACCCACCAGGAUUUACCCUCUUUUUUCUUCUUAUUUUGUAUGAAACUCCUUCAUAGUAAGCCGUUACCGAAACCAACGACUAAAAAUCCGGUUCAGAAAAAUGGAAAUAGGUUCUCCUUCAAAGAGGUUUGGAACAGCUGCGGCCUUAAGAGCAAAAGGGUCAUGGCAGCUUUCAAGUUCUCACUUUCAUUAGGAUUUGCAGUUCUAUUUGGGUUGAUAUACAAUAAGCCCGAUGGUUACUGGUCAGGACUCUCGGUUGCUAUCAGCUUUGCCGCAGCAAGAGAGGCGACAUUUAAAGUUGCAAACAUUAAAGCACAGGGGACAGUUUUGGGGACUGUAUAUGGAGUUAUAGGUUGCUUCCUUUUUGAAAGGUUCUUGCCAAUCAGGUUUUUGUCUCUGAUUCCUUGGUUCCUCUUUACAAGUUUCCUAAGGCAAAGCAAGAUGUAUGGUCAGGCUGGUGGAAUAUCUGCUGUCAUUGGUGCCGUACUGAUAUUGGGAAGGAAAAAUUUUGGUCCCCCAAGUGAAUUCGCCAUAGCAAGAAUCAUUGAAACAUUCAUUGGAUUAUCUUGUUCAAUUGUGGUAGACAUUCUUUUCCAACCCACAAGAGCUUCAACUUUGGCUAAAAUUGAGCUCUCUAAAAGUUUGGAGACGUUGCAUGUAUGUAUUGGCUCCGUGUCUCUCCAAGUCAGCGAAGCCAGCCUGGUAGAGAAUCAAAAGAAGUUGAAAAUUCAUGUAAAUCAUCUAGGAAAAUUCAUUGGAGAAGCUGAGGUGGAGCCCAAUUUCUGGUUUUUGCCUUUUCAUAAUGCUUCCUAUGGUAAGCUUUUGGAGUCUCUGUCAAAAAUGGUGGAUCUCUUGCUUUUCGGUGCUCAUGCAAUAGGAUUUCUCGAACAAGAGUCACAAAAACUUCAAACUUCUUGGAAGGAAGCUGUAAAUAGACUAGAAGGUGACCUUAAACUCUUCAAUGACUCAGUUGGAUCUUUAAUAAAAUACCUUGGGAAGAUAUCGUUGAUCAAAUCACUCCCAAUACUUGACAAGGAACUUGAAAAGAACAACAUUUCUCAUGAUCUUGAGAUGGGAAAAUCACCAUGUCCGAAUUUUUUUAGGGUUUCUGGUUCAGACGAUGAAGAUGAUGAGAUGGACAAGAUUUUGAAUUCAUUUCUUCAACAUUCGAAAGAAGUUGUUGAUAUUAUCCAUGGCAUUGAAGGUGAAAAGGAGAUUAAGAGCCAGAUACUUUUAAGUUUGAGUGCCCUGGGGUAUUGCAUGAAAAGUUUAAUAAGAGAAACCAGACAGAUUGAGGAGGGAAUAAGGGAACUUGUUCAGUGGGAGAAUCCUUCAAGCCUUGUUAACUUGCAUGAAAUCUCAUGUAAAAUACAUUAUUCCACAAAGUUGUCGAAUGUAUAUGAUCCUCGAGGAAAUGGGCGGAAAAUUGGACAAAUGUUGCUUGAAAAAAAAGAAAUACUAAAAACCCAUUCUUCUAUAAUAAUGGUGGUGGAAAAUGAUGUGGAUGGAUAA